UCCAUAUUUGAAUGUCUUUAUGCAAACGAUGCUGGGGUUGAUUGACAGGGGAGCAGGUCUCUGUUGUUUCCAGCCAGGAUCUCUUUACUUGGGAAGACUGAUUGACUAUUGACUGAUUCACUGGCAGCUGGUCCGGAUCCAGUCUGAACCGGCCGCGCAGCACCGUCCCGCCCCUCUGUUAAUGUGCUCCCUGAAGGAGAUCCGGCUCAGACUGGUUAGACCAGUUCCCACCAGUUCCCCAGCUCCAGGCCACAACCCUACCUCAGAGCCAGGACACCAGCGUGCAGAGCAGAGAAGCUGCGACCAGGCAGAGCCUGUAGGCGUGGCCCGCCUGUGACUGACAGCUCACCUUCCCUUCUUCCUCCCCCCUGGAAGUCCCGACCCCGUGAGCAUCAUGGCUCCUCCCCAAAGCCUCUGGCCCAGCCCCAAGGCCCUCCUGUGCGCCCUGCUGCUCCUGCCAUGUGUGCCCGCCCUGCGUCCGCCGCCGCCCCAGCCCAGCUUCCUCAUCAUCAUGGCUGACGACCUUGGCAUUGGUGACCUCGGCUGCUAUGGCAACCACACGCUCAGGACCCCACACAUCGACCGCCUGGCGGAGGACGGCGUCCGCCUCACGCAGUACCUGGCCGCAGAGUCGGUGUGCACACCCAGUAGGGCCGCGUUCCUCACGGGGCGCUACCCCAUCCGCUCAGGCAUGACGUCGGGCUUCGGGCACCGUGUGCUGCAGUGGGCAGCGGGCGCGGGCGGGCUGCCCCCCGAGGAGCUCACGUUCGCCCGGAUCCUACAGGAGCGCGGCUACGUCACGGGUCUCGUGGGGAAGUGGCACCUGGGCCUGAGCUGCCGCACGCGGUCUGACCUGUGCCACCAUCCCCAGCGCCACGGCUUCCACCACUUCCUGGGGCUGCCGCUGGGCAUGAUGGCGGACUGCGCGCGGGCGGAGCCGUCUGAGAAGAGGGCGGGGCUGGAGCGCGGCCUGCGUGGGACGGGGCGGGCCCUGGGGGCUGCGGCUGCGGCGGCCAUGGCCUUGGCAGCAUUGGCCGGGGGGCGGAGCCGGGCUGCGCUGUGGGCGGCGCUGGCGCUGGGCGUGUCGGCUGCCAUCUUGGAGGCGGGGUCACGUGCGGUGGGCGGGGCCAUCACCUACCUCGACUGCUUCCUCAUGCGCAAUGACACCGUCACCCAGCAGCCCCUGCAGCUGGAGCACGUCAACGCCCUGCUGCUGCGCGAGGCUGAGGACUUCCUGCGGCGGCACAGCCACACUCCCUUCCUGCUGUUUGUGUCCCUGCUGCACGCGCACACGCCGCUCGUGACGUCGCCUUCCUUCCAGGGGCGGAGCCAGCACGGGCGCUAUGGCGACCACGUGGAGGAAAUGGACUGGGUGGUGGGCCGCAUCAUCCACACACUUGACACCCUGGGCCUAGCCGACCGCACGCUCGUCCACUUCACGUCCGACAACGGCGGCUGGGCUGAGGCCACGGUGGGAGGGGAGCGGCUCGGGGGUUGGAACGGCGUCUACCAGGGUGGCAAGGGUGUGGGCGGGUUCGAGGGCGGGCUCCGGGUGCCCGGGAUCUGGCGCUGGCCGGGCGUCCUCCCACGGGGGCGUGUCCUCGAUGAGCCCACGAGCCUGAUGGAUGCCUUCCCCACGAUCGUGAGACUGGGGGGCGGGGCCGAGCCAGCCGACAGGGUGAUUGACGGCCGCGACCUGAUGCCCCUGCUGACGGGGGCGACCCCGCACUCCGUCCAUGAGGUUCUGCUGCACUAUUGCGAGGUCUUCCUGCACGCAGGGCGCUGGGCGGACCGCACCCGUGGCAAGCUCUGGAAGGUCCACUUCGCUACUCCGACCUUCAACCCCCCAGGCUCGGGGUCCUGCAUGGGGCGUGUCCUGUGCCCAUGCGCAGGGGCGGUAACAGAGCACGACCCCCCACUGCUCUAUGAGCUGUUGUCGGACCCUGGGGAGGCGCGGCCCCUGGCACCGGGGGCGGAGCCCGCACACGCUGAGGCGGUGGCGAAGCUGAGGCAGGAGCAUGACCGCCAUCUCCGCUCACUCGUGCAAGUGCCGCAGCAGAUGGGCUCGCUCUACAACACCUGGCUGCCCUGGCUGCAGCCCUGCUGCGGCCAGUUCUGCACCUGUGACCUGGAGGGCGGGGCCAGAAGUGAUGAGGACAGCUGGGGGCGGGACUUCCUGUGAAAACCUGAAGUCAUCAGUAAAACCUAGAAGGGAAGUCAUGAUCUCCUACCGUACUGUUCGGUGAGGGGAGUCGGUGUGGGGUCUGGGGAGAACUUCCUUUGAAACCGAAAGUUAUGGUGGCUGAAGGUAGGACUUCCUAUGAGGCUGGAAGUGACAUUUAUUCCAAUAAAAAAUACCAAAGAUGGCA